AUGAAGUUCGGCGCAUCGUUUACUGUUUUGCUUGCGUCAGUUGGCGCACAUGCGAGUAUCUUGUUUAAAAGAGCCGAGAAAGAAUGCGGCGGUAUCACGGCGCCUGCAAACAAUGGCGGCCGCAAAAUCGGGAUUGUCGUGGACAGCUCCGGUAGCAUGAGUUCGAACGAUCGCUACGAUCUCCGUAUCGCUGCAGGUCGACAGCUAAACACCUACUUGAUCCCGAGCAAUGAUGUUUCUUCGGGGACGAAGGAGGAUUUGGUGACAGUCGUCGACUUUGACGAUGUCGCGACGUUGCUCUAUCCUCUUGGUGACCCUGACGGUGCCGAUGCCACAUUCAGUAGCAUUGACUCCACCGGUGGAACGGACAUAGCUGCAGGUGUGAGAGUGGCAAUAUCACAGCUGAAUUCGUCGGGUCACGAUCCGACCGCCGACCGUUCUGGUAUCAUUGUGUUGACAGACGGAUCCGAUACAGACACGAAAAAUCUGGUUUAUGCGGUCAACAAUGCUACGGCUCAGGGUAUCCGUGUCUCGUUCGGAUUCCUAGUCCGCAAUGGCUACGGCUCCCAAAAUUCCAAGGUCCUUGGAGCCAUCUUUAAUUCCGGCGGUCAAUACGCAACCAUUACCGACCCUGCCGCACAACAACGAUUCAUCAACCUCGUCACCGCCAACGGUCUAACCAAGAAUGACCCUUCCACGCUUCCCAAAGACAUGCUGAUGAACGGGCUCGCCGUCGCUGGGCGGGUCUCGGGAGAUGGGGAAGACUUCAAAACGUACUCAGCCAAGAAAGGCGAGAUUCUACGAUUCGCCAUCAGCUCGGUCGAUGCCGGUACGAUUGAAGCCCGAUUGUUAGCUCCGGAUGGACAAGUCGAAGACGAAUCAACCGUGCGUGGCACGAGCACAAGGUUUCUGGAUACUACAGCGCAGAGCAAUGGGGACUUCCGCAUCAUCGUUAAAGCAUCCAACGCUCCCCAAGAUGCUAUGUACCUUGUUGGCGUGAAUUCGUCCGCCGUUAUGGGGAAUUGCACGUUUAACGACGAUGAAGACGGCGGGUUGUCUGUUGGUGGGAAGGCUGGGAUCGGCAUUGGUGUGCCCCUCGCGGUCGGACUGCUCGCGACGGGAACGUACUUCUUGUGGAAAGGCUACCAGGGA